UACCUAUCACUACUGUCAAAAAGUUAGAAAUCUUGAAAUUUGGGCUAAGUGGACUUGUUUUAUAUUUUUAAUUUAAGAUUUAUAACAUCUGUAUUUAAUUUGUCUAAGAAAUUAUUACUGCUGUUAGAACAUUGCAGUUAGUCAUUUAAAAUACCAAUAAAAAAAGUAUUAAAAGGAAAAAAAAAGUAAUUUUGCCACGAAAAAAAAAACUUUGAUUCACAACUCACAAUGAAAGUGUACUUAGUUUACUUUGAAAUUGCUGGAAUCAUGUGAAGGGUGAAGAUUAAAGUGUCAAUUUUUCAUUCGUUAAACUGUUAAUAUUCACUGUGAGAUGGCGGAAAGUGGAUCAUUUGUGGCCAAGCCGGCGCGGGGUUGGUUGCAUCCCGACUCAGUAUUAGCCUCCGACGGAGUAACGUAUGCCGUCAGGUAUAUUGGGUGCAUGGAAGUUUUAACAUCGAUGAAAAAAUUAGACUUCGAUACCAGAUCACAAGUUGCCAAGGAAUGCAUAGCAAGAGUAUGUGCAGCCGCAGGUCUUCGUUCCGCGGAUAAGAAGCGUCGUGUGUCUCAAGCAGCCGCCCGUGCGCUUACGGCCAGACCGCGCAUGUCCCAUUCGGGCGCCAACGUCGCCCUAACCGUAUCAUCGAAAGCAAUAACCCUGGCGGUUCUGGAAGGCGGCGACACCAUAGCGCGACACGACAUGCCCAGAGUAUCGUUUGCCUCGGGCGGAGAUGCGGAUUCGUUAGACUAUGUAGCGUACGUGGCCAAAUCAGCUCCACCGACGGAGUGGAGAGCGUGCUACGUUCUAGAAUGCGGUGGAAGACUGGCGCAAGACGUGAUAGCGACGAUAGGACAGGCCUUCGAGUUGCGUUUUAAGGAAUUUUUAACGAAACCCUCGACAUUAAAUCUCAAUGGAUCUCUGCCCAGCUGCGAAAGCGCUUGUGGGCUAGUGGAGGACAGAGAGUAUUACAACGACAUGCCGGACAAGGUGCCGCCCGAGCUGGCGCCGACUUCGCACCGCCACCCCCCGCCCCCGCCCCUCGCCUCGCUGACGUCACUCGCACCGCUCUCCUCGUGCGAGGAAAGCGUAAGGCACUACGUGAACCAGACCCCCCCGCCGCGGACCCCGCCCACCGCGCUGCUGCCGAACCACCACACGGACAUUUUUGACAUGCAGCCAUUCACGGCGGCCCCGGUCACGUCGUCGUCGUCCUCUGUGACCUCGGGCACGUCCGCGUCCGCCGAAUGCGCGCCGCUCACUGCCGAGGCGCAGGCCGCGCUGCUGGCUAAGGAGCCCUGGUUCCACGGACCUAUUUCUAGGACUACUGCUGAAAAGUUGGUAGUUGAGGAUGGCGAGUUUUUGGUGCGCGAGUCGACGGCGUGCGCGGGCCAGUUCGUACUGACGGGCGCCAGGAGGGGCCUGCACAAACAUCUACUACUCGUCGAUCCUAUAGGGGUGGUACGAACUAAAGAUCGGGUGUUCGACAGUGUACCCCAUCUAAUCAAGUACCACUGUUCUAACGAGCUGCCCAUAGUCUCAGCGGAUUCCGCUCUACUACUCCGUAAGCCGGUCCUCAGGUCGUCUUCCUGAGACUUAAAGAUAAUCUACGUUGACUACAGAAAGUUAACAUUCCACAAAAACUAAAAAAAUGUAUUCUAACAGUAUUAAACGCUAAUAAUAAAAUGUUUGUCUAAUGACAUUGAAAAAUUAGAGAGUAAAUAAUGAUAUAAUCAAAUAUAAAUAAACAAAUAAACGUGGAAUAUAAAGACUAAAAUAUAAUAAUAGGUAUGAAUAUAAAAAUGUCUUAGCUUAUCAAAGAAUUUAAUGAUUUUUUUUAUCCAACAAAUAUAUGUAAUGCUCUUUGACAUAUUCUAAAUAUGUAGUAAUAAUAGUAAUUGCACUAAAUUUAAUAUACAUUGAUGAUUCUUUGUUUAUGCAUUAAUUAUUUUAAUUGUACUACAGAAUGUUAUUUUAUGAACUGUUUUAUUAAGGUUGACCAUAUCUAUGACAAUUAUUAAAAAAUUCGGUCCUAAACCGUAAUUCCCUUCACUAUGUGAACUAUUUAUUUGUUAUUAUAAACGAAUAUAAAGUUGCAACAUGAAAUAAUUUUAAAAAGUUUAGCAAGUGCGUCUUUUUUUACGUUUCAAAUGUUUGCUAUAAAAUUUCGUGCAAAUAACCUUCUGUUCUAUAUAAAAUUAUGAGUCAAUAGUUGUUUUAUACUCAUUAUUUUAAGCAUUAACACUGUACAGGAAUUGACAAGUUAGAUAAAUUGUAUUUAAUAAAUAUUUUAACAUUUCUUAUACACAGACCAUAAACAAAGUACUUAUGUUAUAAAUGUAUUUGUUCAAUAAUCUAUUAAGACUUUAAAAUGCAUAAAGGAAAUAUUUUUAAUGUUAUCAAAUUUGAAAUUAAAUAUAAUGAAUUUAAUAUGUCAUGAUAAUUAUCAUGAUACAAAUAAAAGGCCCGAAAUGAAUAUUAUUAUUUUUAAAUAAUCAUAUCUUAACCAUGACCAUCGAAACAAUAUGAUCAAUUCUCAAUAUCAUAAUAAAGUAUGUUACUUAUAUUUAGUAAUCAAAUUAUGUACAUUGGUUCAUCUUUUAAAAUAAUAUACUGAUGUUUAUGUUCUUAUGUUAAAUUUGUGGAAGAUGUAAUAAGCACUAUGUAUUUUAAUGUAGCACUAUGUAUGUUAUACUUAGAAAUAUGUACUUACCUGGCUGUUCGGUAUUUUCUUCUGCAAGCUCAUAAGGGAGUUCUGCCGUGUUUACAAAAAAAUAAUCAGGAAAUAAGUGAUUAAAUUUUAGUGAUGUAAUAGUGAAUAAAACAAUCUGUUUCGGAUACUGUUUUAGAUAUAUUAUAGUAAAUUAAAUCUUUUAAAUUAGAUAUAAAAAAUAACCAUGACCUGUGAAAUUAUGGAAUUAUGUAAAUGCAUCUGAAUGUGCUAAUAUGGCUGUAAUUUAUAUAUUGAUGUAUUUGUAAUGAGUAUAAAUGUGACUUUUAAAAAACAAUGCAAUCUUGUAAUAUUAAAUAUGUGGUUUUAAAUGAUAGGUGCUAUGAAAUGGCUUACAAAAAUUCUGAAAAUAGUAGGAAUAAACAAAAAAUUAUAUAACGCAUCACAAAAUUUCUUUUUGUAAUUAUAAAAUGCGUAAAAUGUUUAGCGUUGUAGGUAUAAAAACCAAAAUCGUAAUUAUAAAUGCUUUAAUUAUUAUUUUAUUUCCCAUAUUUCAGAUAUGUUAGUUUAUAAGAGAUCCCUAUUGUAAACGCACAUGUAGAAUUUAUUCGAAGUUAUAGAUAGCGAUUCAAGUUAUAGCGUACGUUACGACUAAAGGUACAUAGUAUAAAAUCCAAUAUAUCUUGUGUAUCUGACUCACUAAUAUUUAACGGUAAGAAGAGACUAUAAUCAUUUUAACCACUGACAUAAACAUGCUGUUAUGUUUUUUUUUUUAAAGUUUAAUUGUGCCUAAUAAUUUCAGUUGGAAAACAUUUUAAGGAAAAUAUAUUUUUGUAACUACCUAUUUGUUUAUAUAUGAAAAGAAUACCCUUAUUGAAUAUUUCUUGUACUUUACAGCAAGGUACUAGAGACGUGCAAUCAGUAAAAUGUUAUUAUUGUAUUUUUAAUAUGCAACAAUGUAUUGAGCUUUAUUGUUCCAAAAAUAUUAUUGAACUGCGUCGUAACGUACUAUUUAAAAUGUAUUUUACGUAUAAAUUGUGAACUCAAAAUGUUAAUCGACAUUAUAAUGAAUUAGAAAAAUAAAAGUAUAUUUUAAAAUAUUAGACAUUUACGUUUAA